AUUCAUCAGAUCCCAACAACAACAACAACCUUCCACCUCCAUGAUGGAUGCGGAUUUGGCCAUGGUAGAAGGACAGGAGGUACGUGGCCAGUGCCAAAUGGGCACACAUCCCUGGCCAUUGGGGAUAUAAAGUGCACUCUCUGAGGAGCCAAAGAAGACUUUCUCUAGGUGACCUGACUUGUGUCAGAGCCUAGCAACAGAAAAAUGAAGAACCUUCUCCUAAGCGUCUUGCUUCUGGGGCUGGUGGCUGUACUGAGGGCCCAUGAAGUUUCAUCCGAUUAUCAGGAGGAGCUUUCUGGACGCUGGUACAUAAAGGCCAUGGUAUGUGACAAUAACCGCACAGAGUGGAAGGGCCCCAUGAAAGUGUUCCCCAUGGUGAUUACAGCUCUGGAAGGAGGGGACUUGGAGGUGGAGAUAACAUUCUGGAAGAAGAACCAGUGUCACAGGAAGAAAAUUGUGAUGCACAAAACGGAUGAGCCCGGCAAAUACACUACCUUCAAGGGCAAGAAGGUCGUCUAUGUUCAGGAGCUGACUGUGAAGAAUCACUACAUCUUGUACUGUGAAAGCCGGCACCAUGGGAAGUCACAUCGCAAGGGGAAACUCGUGGGGAGAGACCCUGAGGAAAACCCAGAGGCCAUGCAAGAAUUCAAGAAAUUCACCCAGUUCAAGGGAUUACGACAGGAAAACAUCCUCGUGCCUGAGCAGAGUGCUCCACCCAUCCCCAACACUAAUUGA